AUGCUCAGCGUGAAGGGCCUGAACAGCUUCGUGAAACUUGAACUGUGGCAGGGCGCAGGCGACAGACCAGAAACCCGACAGUUUGGCUGCGACAGGGCCUGGGAACUGCUUGAGCGAAUGGAAGCAGAGCCGGUAGAUGGAUAUACUGGCAAACAGCGAGAGCGCGUAGACGGCCGCGAGCACUGCCAGCGCCCACAGCGAGUCGAGCAGCGGCAGACGCUGGACGAGCCAGAAGGCAGCGAGCAAGCCGGCGGCCGCGAGGGAGUAGACGGCGGCCACGGCGGGCGUAUGGCGCUCCCACUCGCCGCGCAGGAAGAGCUGCCAGUGCGAGAGCAGGCCGGCAGCGGCAGCGAGGCCCAGCACCGUCGUCGUCGGCGUCAGCAUGGUCAGAUAGCUGUCUGUCUAUCCUGCUGGUCGGUUGCUGGUUGA